AUGGGAUAUAAGUUUAAAACAGACUUUAUCAAGUGGCAAACUUUGAUUGAGGCUCAUUAUGAUGUCAAGACCAUUGACAACUUCACCCUGCGUAUGUUCUGUAUUGCUUUCACAAAUAGGCGCCUUAACCAGGUUAAGAGGACCAGCUAUGCUCAGUCUAGCCAGAUCCUCCAGAUCUGCCGUAAGAUGCGUGAGAUCAUGGUCAACCAUGCUAGCUCUUGUGAUCUUAAGGAUUUUGUAGCUAAGUUCAUCCCCGAGUUUAUUGGCAAGGAGAUUGAAAAGGCAACUGGCAUCUACCCCCUGCAAAACUUGUACAUCAGGAAGGUUAAAAUCCUCAAGGCCCCCAAAUUCGAUCUUGGAAAAUUGAUGGAGGUUGACGGUGACUACUCCGAGGACGUAGGUGUAAAGCUAGACAGGCCAGCUGAGGAAACUGUUGCUGAGGGUGAGGCCACAGAAGUUGUUGGUGCUUAA